CAGACGUAAUCUGUCUGGGUGCUUUCCCAGCACCCAUCAUCAUUUUUCGGAAAAGAGAUUGCAUUUUCUUUUAUUUCCCGAGUUUUAGCAAGUGCCCCGCGUAGAAAGUGUAUAGAUUUCCCCGAAAAGAACCCUUGCUUCCUGAGGGACCCCGUUUCGUUCCGGACCAGGUAACAUCAAAAUAAGUUGGUGCUGAGGGUGGCCAGUUGCCAAUUUUACCCCCUUGAGGGGCCAGGUUUGCUGAGAACAGGAAAAAAAAGUCGCAGACUAGGUGACGAGAAGCUGUCAUGGCCAGCAAUAGCAGUCAAGAUCGGCCAAAUGGUUCUUCCAAUGGAGACCAUCAAAGCUUCGAGCAGUUUAUUUCGCAAUUUUCUGCUAGAGCGACAGUAAAUGCCGGAACUUCCUCUGGGUGGUCAAAUGGGGAUGUCCAUUCAGAGAGAAAUGGAACGGCUGGUUCAAGUUCCAAUCUGAAACCAACGGCAGCAGAAUUUGUUCCACGCUUCCAUCGUGCUGAAGGAGAAGAAGCCAACAACGAAGCCCGUAGCGAAAGGCCAGGUUCCGGUGCCGUCCGAAAACAACAUUCAAAUGGACCUCGCUGGGGCAAAAACAGCCGCAGGAACAAUCGCAACGGUAAUCAGAGCGAUUUUAUGAGAAACAAUAAUGAUCACCAGUUCAAUAGCUUCCGGAAUGGAAACAAUGGAGAGGGAAGGUAUUCAGAAGAUAAUAACAAUUAUUUCCGUGAUCGAGAUGAAGAGCGAAGACCUCAGCAGCAGCAUGAAAGAAGACCCCAACAGCAGCAGUACGGCAAUGGAGCAAAGCGUAACAACUGGAAUAAACCGGACAGAAGAAGACCACCACCCCCUGGUCAAAAUCGUGGCAGAUAUAGUCCACAAAACGACGAUCGACGUAUGCCGGAAUCAAACAACGGUGAUGCCCAAAAUCACAAUAAUGAAAAAUCCAAUCCGCCCAAGGAACGUAAACCCAAUAAUUCGUACAACAAAAAUCGAAACCGAGCUCGGCAGGAAAAGCUUGAGGCAAAGAUCAUUUCAAAGUGUUCACAGCGCGAAAAACUUAUCCGCGAAUUGGAUUCCUCAAAGCUGGAAUGCCUCGUUUGCUGCGACCUAGUUCGACCGACCCAAUCCAUCUGGUCCUGUCCAAACUGCUACCACAUCCUACAUCUCAACUGCACCAUAAAAUGGGCUAACAGUUCCCAAUCGGAGGAAGGUUGGCGCUGCCCAGCCUGUCAGAACGUUUCCCAAAAGAUUCCCCGGGAAUAUUUCUGCUUUUGCGGCAAGCUAAAAAAUCCCCAAUACAACCGGAACGAUGUCGCUCACUCGUGUGGAGAACUGUGUGGCAGGGAAGAGCUUUGCAUCCACGCAUGCACCUUGCUGUGCCAUCCGGGACCAUGUCCACCCUGCCAGGCCUUGGUGCAACGAAUGUGCGGCUGUGGUCGGUCCAGCAAACCGCUGCAAUGCAGCCAGAAGGAGGAAAUCUUCUGCGAAGCCACCUGUGCCAAACCACUGAACUGUGGCAUCCAUAGCUGCGAGCUGAAAUGCCACGGGGGCGAGUGUGGAAAAUGCAACCAAACACUGGAACAUCAGUGCCACUGUGGCAAGGAGAACAAACAGGUUGCUUGCACCGUGGAGAAUCUGAACAACACUCAAUUCAGCUGCGGCAAACCUUGUGACAAUGAGUUGGAUUGUAAAAAUCACCGGUGUAGUAAAAUUUGUCAUCCUGCUCCUUGCGAAGGGUGCGUUCUAUCGCCUGAGAUCAUAACAUCAUGUCCCUGUGGCAAACAAGCCGUAGUGAAGGGAGAACGUACAUCUUGUCUGGAUCCGAUUCCGGUGUGCAAAGGCACAUGUGGCAAACAACUGCCCUGUGGAAAUCCGGGGUCUCGUCACGUAUGCAACGGCAAGUGCCACACGGGGGAAUGUCCACCUUGUAACAAAACAACCGUCGUUAAGUGCCGUUGUGGCCACAUGGAUCAACAGAUGAAGUGCAAAAAUUUGCAAACUAGAGCCGAUGAUGCCCGUUGCAAGAAACGCUGCACUCGAAUGCGUAGCUGUGCAAAGCACCGCUGUAAUCAGGAAUGUUGCAUCGAUUACGAUCAUAUCUGUCCGAAGAACUGUUCGCAUAUGCUGUCUUGCGGUCGGCAUCGGUGUGACAAACCGUGUCACAAAGGAUCUUGCCACACGUGUCAUCGUGUUUCGUUCGACGAGCUGACCUGUGAAUGUGGAGCCAGCGUAAUCUAUCCACCAGUGCCUUGCGGAACCAAAAAACCGCCCUGCGAUAAACCGUGCUCUCGGCAGCACGUUUGCGCCCACCAGGUUCUACAUAACUGCCACUCGGAAGCGGAAUGUCCACCGUGUGUUGUUCUCACUAGCCAGUACUGCUACGGAAAACAUGAACAGCGUAAAACAAUCCCCUGUUAUCAAGACUCAUUCAGCUGCGGUCUUCACUGUGGCAAACCACUAUCAUGCGGACGGCACAAAUGCAUCAAACCGUGCCACAAAGAUGCGGAAUGUCUUGCUGCAGAUGAAACAUGCCGCCAGAGUUGCACCACCACUCGCACAACUUGUCCCCACCAAUGUAAGGCGCCCUGCCACGAUGGCGAGUGCCCAACUGAUCUUCCCUGCAGAGAAGUUGUCGAAGUUACAUGUGAAUGCGGAAAUCGCAAACAGAACAGAACCUGCCACGAUUACAGCAAAGAUUACCGCCGAAUUGUGUCUGCCCAGUUGGCCUCAUCUAUGCAGGAAAUGCAGCGUGGUGGUUCGGUUGAGCUCAGUGACAUUUUAGGAACUGGUAAACCGAAAACUACUAAAACCUUGGAAUGCAACGACGAAUGCCGCACCCUGGAACGGAACCGCCGCUUGGCCAUCGGUCUCCAGAUCCGCAACCCGGACCUGGCCUCGGCCACCAAGUUCCAACCGAACUAUUCCGCCUUCCUAAAGCAAUACGCCCGGAAGGAUAUGAACCUUAUCAAAACGGUUCACGAUAAGCUGACGGAGCUGGUCAAACUGGCCAAGGAAAGCAAGCAGAAGUCCCGCAGUUUCUCGUUUCCGGUGAUGAAUCGCGAAAAGCGGCAGGUCGUGCAUGAGAUGUGCGGUAUGUUCGGGGUCGAAUCGGUGGCGUACGACGCGGAACCGAAUCGUAACGUAGUGGCCACGGCGGACCGGUUUACAUCCUGGCUCCCUAGCAUGUCCCUGAUGGAGGUGAUCCAGCGCGAGAACGGCCAACGGCGGGUUAUCGUUCCGAAUUUGAAUGCAUGGGGCCGCACAGCUGCGGGCAGCACAACAAAAUGAUUGGAAACCUUUUGAUGUUUUUUUUGUUUAUUAUUUCAACCUUUUUUUCUUUCUCUUGCUUUCUGAAUGAUUGCUUUCGAUUCAAAAUUUAGUUUUCGGUUCAACUCUUGUUGUAAGAUAAUAACUUUUUCUUCUGUUUUUCUCAGACAGCUAUUAUACCUGCAAAACCUUCUUUGCCCUUAAUUUCUCAUCCGAUUUUUGAUUCCAAGGUGGCUGUCAUGAUUAUGAUUGUACCAAUAUUUUAAAACAUUAUUGAAAAUAUACAUUUCAUUCCGGAUCAAUCCAUCAUACUA